AAGAUCAGUCACAAUAUACCAUUGUGCUCUUUUAUAGGAUUUUCACAUCUUAAAAAAAAUACUUCUCUUAUGUGUAUGUGGCCGGUCUUAGAAGAUGUCUACUGAGUCAGCAAUGUCUGUUACUAUGUUGAAUGCCUAUUCUAAAAUUAUUAUUUCAUUUAUUUUAGAGCAUCUUCCUGUCGUUAGUUGCUGUCCCGUCAGUCCUGACUCAUGGCACCCCCGUGAGCAUCUUGAUGUUCUGAAAUACAGAUUUAAAAGCAAAACUUUUGUCUGGAGUCAAAAACAAACCCUACAAGCAGAAACAAAUUUCAUUACAAGAGCGUCAGCAACAGCAGCUCGUGAUUGGCGGUACCGGAUAUUCAGUUGCACAUCCCACAUCAAUGCACUGCCAAUGAUGAGGAAACUGAGGCCUUGGACUAGGACAGAGGUCUCCUGACCCAGUUCAGGACUCUUUCUGUUACAUCAUGCUGCCUGAUGUUUGUCUUUAUGGAACUCUGCAACAUCUCAUACUGGGGUUAUAUCCUGUGUUGUGAUCUCAUGGUUUAAGUGGGAAUAAAGAUGAGUAUAAGCAGUGAUGAGGUCAACUUCUUGGUAUAUAGAUACUUGCAAGAGUCAGGAUUUUCUCAUUCUGCAUUUACCUUUGGCAUAGAAAGCCAUAUCAGUCAGUCUAAUAUAAAUGGUGCCCUCGUCCCACCUGCUGCAUUGAUUUCUAUCAUCCAGAAAGGUCUACAGUAUGUAGAGGCAGAAGUUAGUAUCAAUGAGGAUGGUACUUUGUUUGAUGGUCGACCAAUAGAGUCUCUGUCACUGAUAGAUGCCGUGAUGCCUGAUGUAGUACAAACAAGACAACAAGCUUAUAGAGAUAAGCUUGCACAGCAGCAGGCAGCAGCUGCUGCAGCUGCCGCAGCUGCAACAAACCAACAAGGAUCUGCAAAAAAUGGAGAAAACACAGCAAAUGGGGAGGAGAACGGAGCACAUACUAUAGCAAAUAAUCAUACUGAUAUGAUGGAAGUCGAUGGAGAUGUUGAAAUCCCUUCCAAUAAAGCAGUGGUGUUACGGGGCCAUGAAUCUGAAGUUUUCAUCUGUGCCUGGAACCCCGUUAGUGAUCUCCUGGCAUCGGGGUCUGGAGACUCAACAGCAAGAAUAUGGAAUCUUAGUGAGAAUAGCACUGGUGGCUCCACGCAGUUAGUGCUUAGACAUUGUAUACGAGAAGGGGGGCAAGACGUCCCGAGCAACAAGGAUGUAACAUCUCUAGAUUGGAAUAGUGAAGGUACACUCCUAGCAACUGGUUCUUACGAUGGAUUUGCCAGAAUAUGGACUAAAGAUGGUAACCUUGCUAGCACCUUGGGGCAGCAUAAAGGCCCUAUAUUUGCAUUAAAAUGGAAUAAGAAAGGAAAUUUCAUCCUAAGUGCUGGAGUAGACAAGACUACAAUUAUUUGGGACGCACAUACUGGUGAAGCCAAGCAACAGUUUCCUUUCCAUUCAGCACCAGCGUUGGAUGUUGACUGGCAGAGCAACAACACCUUUGCUUCCUGUAGUACAGAUAUGUGCAUUCAUGUCUGUAAAUUAGGACAAGACAGACCUAUUAAAACAUUCCAGGGACACACGAAUGAAGUAAAUGCUAUCAAAUGGGACCCAACUGGCAAUCUCCUGGCUUCGUGUUCUGAUGACAUGACUUUGAAGAUAUGGAGUAUGAAACAAGAUAAUUGUGUCCAUGAUUUGCAAGCACAUAAUAAAGAAAUUUAUACUAUCAAAUGGAGUCCAACAGGACCAGGGACAAAUAAUCCAAAUGCCAACCUUAUGUUAGCAAGUGCAUCCUUCGAUUCUACUGUUAGGUUAUGGGAUGUAGACCGAGGGAUUUGCAUUCACACUUUGACAAAACACCAAGAGCCUGUAUACAGUGUAGCUUUCAGUCCUGACGGCAGGUAUCUGGCAAGUGGUUCUUUUGACAAAUGUGUGCACAUCUGGAACACACAGACAGGUGCUCUAGUUCACAGCUAUAGGGGAACAGGUGGAAUUUUUGAAGUUUGCUGGAAUGCAGCAGGAGACAAAGUUGGAGCCAGUGCAUCAGAUGGUUCAGUUUGUGUAUUAGACCUUCGGAAAUAGCGCUACUAGUUGGAAGCCAUGGACCGACUAUGAAUGUGUACAUAGCCAAAAUGACUGUCCUUGACCCAUGUACUGCUAUAGUCCCACUUGAACCAUGGCCAGUCCACUACAGCCAAAUCUAAAAGAAAUAUAUACAUACAGUGUAUAUAAACAAAAUUGCACCCUGAAGAUGACAGAGUUUUGUCACAGCUUGUGAAUUCUGUUCACCAAGUGCUGGAAUCUAAUCUGCUGUGCCCCCAAAAUAGCAUUUAGAAGUUUUGGAGAUGAAAAACAGAAGAAAAAAGAAAUGUACCUUAUAAAAGCAGAUCACACAUAUACCAGUUUUUGGAUACUAAUGACGGCCUUGUUUCUCUCUUUUGAAUCAGCAGACACCAUGGAUUAUAUUCUUUUUUUCCCUUCAGUAAGCAGUUUGUAUGUACAGAGAAAAUGGACUUACAAAAACUUACAGCAGUAGUUUGUUCUUGCUUUUAAACUUUGUUUUUGGUUUAGUUAAUGGAUGCAUGAAGUAAGGGAGUAAAUCAGUUUCUUGUUUAUAUUUUUUUUCACCUUUUAAACAAAAAAAAUUCUUAAAAAUAUUUUAAUGCAUUCUUUUGAAGAGGUAGAUGUUUGGUACAUUUUAUGGCUCCCAGAGCAUAUAUUCAAUUGGUGCAUGUUGUGGGAAGGGGGAGUUGGAAAUUAAAUAAAAAUAUAUGGCUUUGGUCAUGUCAAUCUCUAAGACACAUCAGUAAAAGGGUAUUAUGCUCUGGUUUUUUUUUGGUGAUGUGGCUGAAAUGCAAUAGUUUCUUUUUUGGGACAUAUUUCUGCCAAUUCAAGACUAGAAGGGCACAAAAUGUUUUUUUUUUUUUUUUUUUUUUAAAUACCAUAUUGAAGAUGCAUAAAAAAAAAUUCUUCUGAUGUUUUGUAGCCAUAACUAAAUUAUGGUUAAAAUGUGCACUAUUGUGAAAAGGAGCAAAGUAGAUUUGGGUUUUUUGUUUUGUUUGUUGUUUGUUUUUUUAAGAGAUUAAAAUGUUUCUGGAUAAGGAAUAGCUUCUCAAAGUGUCCAUCAUUAUGUGUAGAAGCUUAAUAUAUAAUGUAAUCAAACUCCAGUAUUACAAAUCUCUCAUGUAUUUUUCUUUCUACAAAGCAAGAUAACGGCAUAUAACACUGCCAUUACAUGGCAAAAUGUUCGCUACCUUAGUUCAAAAAACAAUCUUUAAAACAAAAGACUUGCUUCAAGGUGUUUUGAAAUAGCAAUGAUUCAGAAUUUAAAAAAAGAAAAGUCUAAUUGCACUAACCUCCCUGCUGCUCUGAUUCUGCAUUUGUGGUACUUGGGACUACAUGUUUUCAAAUCGAUAGGUUUAAGCUGCUAUUUUUUUUUUCUUUUUCAUUCAUCACUACUAUAUCAUGUCUUUUAAUCUGUUUAUAAUAUCAAGUAUUUUCCUAAGAAUAGUUAUCAAAUCUCCUCUUGUGCUCAUGCGGCUAAAAGCUAAAAUACAAAUGACAGCAUGAAGCCAUGUUUAGAUGUGUGAUUCACAGGGUUCCAUGAUUAACAUAAGAAUCCAGGAGUGUUCCAUUUUGAAGAGAAUAGUUGUCAAGUUUAUAUCUCAAAGAUUUUAAUUAAGGAAUCGCUUAUUAUUGAGCUUAGCAAAUUUAUAACACUAUUUCUGUCACUAAUUAUUUUGAGGGCUUUACUAUUAAAAUUUUAACCUGUGUUUUAAGUUUAAAUAGAAACUGAUUUAACCCAAGUAAUGCAGCUUUGAUUUCCAGCAUUUGUUGUUUUUGCUAUUUUUACAAAACAGCGUUGGUUGAAGCAAGUCUUCGUUUUACUAAGGUAGGGUAGCAUUUGCUAUUGGUAAAGAGAGUAAAUAGACAAUUUCAUAAUACAUUGUUAAACGUACCCCGAUUAUUGUUAGUGGGGACUAUGAUACUGUAAUAAUAUUUUUUAAAAUUUACAUCCAGAGAGACAGUCAUUCAUGAUGGUUUUGUGCCAGCUGUUUUUAGGGUUUUGGAACACAUUAUAGAUAUUUAGAACUAUUACCCUGUGACUUAUGUAGGAAACCUAAUAUGCUGAGUAUCUGGCACUUGAAAUCCUGCUUUUAUUGCUGGAGGUCCACAUCUGUGGUUGACCUCUGUUGUUGUUUAAAAAAAUAAAUAAAAAUAAAAAAAUCUGUGCAAUAAUUUUUAAAUGUGCUCCCAGGAAUAGACACAAAUGUUUUGAGUAUGUUUAAGCUGCAUUUUCCUUUAGCGAUGCAUUUGUCAAUUGCACUGAAUUUAAAUCUGAAAGAGGUGAUUAUUGAUAGUACUUUUGUAUUUUGAUAUGGACAAUUUAUUCAUUUGCAUAACAGUUAGUGAUUUUUUUUUUUCCCAGCCAAUUAAAAGAUAGUCAAGAAAUUCUGCAACAUAGCUGCCAAAAUAGACAGCUACAUUUUUAUGGUAUUGUCAUCUUUUCUGGUUUUGUUUCUCUUUUUAAUCUGUAGCUAUUUUACUUAAGCAUAAUAGCCACAAUAGGACAUAUAAAAGAUUAUAAAUACAGAGCUUUAAUAUCCUGAAGUCUUGGGUCUUCUAAGUAUAAACUUAUUUGAAAGGUAUCCAUUAUGUAGGCUUGGGUUCUUUAUGAGCAUACGAUUAUUUAUUUAUUUUUGCUGCUGUUCUCAACAUCCUCAUUGCCUGCUGAUGUGCCACGAUGCUGCUCCAAUAGACAAAAAUAAGACUGUCUCUAAUUCGAGCAGUAACAUAUGAUUGCAAGAGAUCGAGUUUCACAGCCUGUGAAGUUCUAUAUUUGAGGUUCUUGUUUAAUUUCCCUUCUUUUUUUUUUUUUUUCCUGAGAACUUAUUCCUGAAGAUCACCUGAAUCCAGUAGUUUUUUUUUUUUUUUUACCCCUCCAUGGUAUUGAUUAUAUAUCAUUGUUGUAUAAGCUACUGUAAGAAAGGAAUCUUAUUAUGAUAUCAGUUAUUAUGAUAAUUUUAAGUAAGAAAGGAAAACUUGAAUGAAUACUAAUUGAUUAAAAGACUAAAGAAAGAGCAGCUGUCACUCUUAAACAUCAUAAAGGAACAUCUUUGUUCUUAUCCGUGGCGGUAAUCCCAUCAAUUCUUACAAUUUGUUCCAAUUCCCAUUUCCUGUUGUUGAUCAGGUACCAUCACUGACUUAUAAAUGACUUUUAAAAGUGGGAACUUUUCAUUUCCUAAUGGGUCUUAGAGUGUAUCUAAUUGUGUUUAAUUAUUCUCUAGGUAAGUAUGUCUUAGGAUUAAACACCUUACACAGAUACUGAAAGUGCCUCCUUUUGUGGUGUAAAAAACAAAUUAUGGUGCAAAAAGUAAUCACUAGAUGGAAUUACAUGAAGGUUUUUUGCUUUUUGACAUGUAAAAAUGUCAAGAGAAAGGCCAAAGAUUUGUACUUUUUCACUUAUAAAGCACUCCUUUUUUUCUUAAACUUCUUUCUGUCAAAUUAGAUUUAAUGAGAGAGUACUAUUUUUAAGGAGCUGUUUAUGUAGAAUGAUUUUAAGAGUAAUGUAAAUUACUGACUAGAGGCCUGAAGAGGAGUAUGCUUUUUUUUUUUUUGCUCUUAAAAAGGAAUUGCAAAUGACCAUCCUUCUGUAAACAAAAAUGGCAAGUUUUUACUAGAAAAGCAGAAAAAUAAAUUUCAAAUGCAAUGCCAUUUACUCAUUUUACAACAGUUUUCAUUUUCUUAAGCACACAGUACAUUUCUACAGAACUUGUGUUUCUUCUUGCAUGCUAAGGAUGGUACUUGCAUAUGGUGAAUUAAUGUUGACAGUUUCUGCAGAAAUCCUAUUUUCAGUGGACCAACAUUGUGGCAUGGCAGCAAAUGCCAACAUUUUGGGGAACAGCAGCAAAUCUACAAGAGACCCUAGUUUUUUGGUGGUUUCCCCCCCUUUCCUGAAUCAGCAGGGAUGGAAGGAGAGUAGGGAAGUUAUGAAUUACUCCUUCCAGUAGUGGCUCUGAAGUUUCACAUUCAGUAUCAAAUGUUUUUAACAUGAUUCUAGUUAAAUGUAGACAAGAGAAGAAGAAGAGGAAGUGUUCACUUUUUUAAUACACUGAUUUAGAAAUUUGAUGUCUUAUACUAGUAGUUCUGAGGUAUUAAUAGCAUUCUUUAUUUCUGCCUUUAUGUUGACAGUGUUGAAGCAGGGUGAUUAGGGCGUUUUUUUUUGUUUGUUUGUUUUUUUCCUAGUAAGCUGUUUCAUGAUGUUUUCUUUGGAAUUUCUGGAUAAGUUCAGGAAAACAUUCUGCAUGUUGUAUCUAGUCUGAUGUACUUAUCCAUCUCAUUAAAAGCAAAACAUACUACAGAACUACAUUUUGUAGGUCUGUAAUCCCUGAAUACAGAAGUAAUUUUCUUCUUUCCUGACUUUGACAUUGUAGCUCUAAUGUUUUCAUUUUGAUUUUUACAAAUCCUUUGGGUCUAAUUCUGUGAGCCUACCUAUAGCACUGGAUUAAAAUGUCUGCAUCAUUUCUUUAGUUAUCCAGUUAACUUUAAAACUGUUGUAAAAGUGUAAACCAGCCCAUGACAGUUUUUUGUACAUGUUAAAGAACUUUUAUUGUUCAGUUUUCAUGAUUAUUGUGUAAGGAAGACUGAUACAGUUCUAUGCUGUCCUGGACCAUGUUAAUUACACUUAAUGAUGUUUUGGGUUCAACAUCACAAAUGAUUUGUCCUCAAUGACCCUUUGGUCCUUCAUAGGCACAUUUUCGUUGUUGUUAUUGUUGCGGUUUCCCUUCGCAUUGUAUCGCUUUGACAACUGUAAUUUGGAUCAGAUCUGAAAGAGGUCCAGAAUAAAAUAUAUUUUGAUAUUA